CAAUCGGCUGAUCAUGUUGGCGGAAGUGAAUCAUCAGGCCCACUCCCAAAGCAGUAAAAGGUACGCCAAAGUAGAGAGCGAUCCAUUUGAACCUGCCACUGAGACGGAUGGCGAUGCCCACGACGAUGGAGAACAAACAGGAGCCGACAGUGUAUAUGUGAACGACAUAAGUCGCUUCAGUGAUCGAAAGACCAUUGACGACCUGGAGGAAGGAACUGAAGUAACAGUUCCACAGGGUGAAACUGAUGAAAAGAACAGUUGCAAGGACAAUGGCACCCACAACAGUUCUGUUCAGCAGGCUGUAGGGGAUGAAGGUCUUCGGGGCAAUGCACUUUUCGUACAAGGCAAAUGCGAUGAGCAUUAGGAUUCCGAUCACCAAGAAUGUGAUAAUCAUCGGCGAAUGCCACUUUUUCGGCUCAAAAGACCACAGGCUGAAGGGGAGGAGAAAGAACACCAACCCAGAAAGGAGGAGUAAAAGACCUCCAGCGUCGAACUCAAUCAGAUAGUACCGGACUGCUUCGAGAAAUGUCGAUUCGCGCUUAACCGGAACGAUGAUGCCGGCUUUGACUGCCUUUCUAUAGUUGAACAUGAACAGCGCAAAGAGCGGGAUCGAGGCAGCAACUGUGAUUAUAGCAAAAGCACCGUAGCACCAUCUCCAUCCUGGACCGUUGAGGAAGCGGGUGGAAAGAGGUCCAGAAAUCCAAGCAGUUAUGAUAUAUGGACUGUUGACGUAGGCGAACAUGAAACCGCGGUUCUGCAGUGAAGAGGUGUCGGCGAUGAAGACCCCAAUGGUGUAGUACAUGGAGUUGUAUCCGAGCCAGUAGAAGAUCUGCGCUGCAGCGUAGACAUGUACACUGGUACACACGGCCAUAAGGGUGAGACCCAGGACAAGGAAUCCGACAGAGAUGGCAAACCCAUGGGGUCGGCCAAAGAUGUCCAGUAUCUUGGCUAGUGGAAGCUUUAGAACGCCGCCGAUGAUUCCGGACAUGACGCCCGUGUACGCGGUCAACGAGUGCUGGGCGAAAGAGCUGGUAACGUAAGGCACUAGAGCACUGGAUAUUCCCUGCUGGGUAGUAUCGAUGAAGGUAACGAGCCACAUCCUUCGCAU